AAUUGGUCUGACGUCAGUGUUAUACAUGUCUUUGCUGUCAAGUAAACUGUAACUUGAGUAAACAUAGACAUAUCUCUUCCAUAUCAGUUUCUGUCAUUUACAAAACAAUGAUGAUUUCAGAGGCGGAAAGUAUUACUUUUAAAACCUUAUCAUCUGAACAUCAGUACCGAAUCAAUAAGGGUACUACUGUAGGAGAAAUGAGGCAGACGGUGGCUUCGACACUUGGAACAGAAUACUGGCUAAUAGAUAUUGUUAACAUGGAUAACUUCUUUGUUUAUGAUACGGAAACAACAAGUGAUGUCCUGCACGAUCCAUUCUACGUAAUGGUAUGGGCAGAGAGUCGUCCUGUUUCUGGAUUCCCCACCUCAACAAAACCCGACAUUGUUUGGGAAUACGAGUCUGAUCCCAGACUAGAGCUGCCAUGUGGCCAUGCUAUAACACCGGACAAUUUAUACGGACUUGUUCGAGAGAAAAUUCUUCAAAAUGAGCACACUCUAUGGUGUCCUGCUAAAACAGAUUUUGGCAUUUGCAAUCAGAUAUGGGAUAACCAAGAAAUAUUAGAGAAAUGCAUGCUAUCUCUUGACGAACAUAUAUUUUUUAGUGCAAAACUCUCCUUUAAUUAUCUGAACAGACGAAAUAGUGAUGAUAUUAAAACAUGCCCUAAAUGUGGCUCAUAUUGUAAGAAAAUAAGAAGUUGUGAAUCUCAUGUGAAAUGUUUAAAAUGUUCAAAUGAUUUAUAUUACACAUACAAAUUCUGUUGGUAUUGUAUGGAGGAAUGGUCAUUCAGUCAUGAAUGUGUCUUGUCCAGUGAGUAUGGUAAUAAUGUAGAAAUUCUCAGUCAACUGUUACAUUGUCCAAGAAUAACACUUGACUAUUCUAAUAUGGGUGAUGUGCCUUCAAAACGUCUAUGUCCAAAUUGCAAAACAUUGCUACAGCAUGAUCAAGCUUGCAAAUCAAUGCUGUGCACAUUCUGUAAAACUGAGUUCUGUUUUGCAUGUUUGAAAGUUGCCAGAGAUGGAAAACUCCCCUGUGGUGAAUUUGAUGGAAGAUGUGUUGUAGCACCUAUCCAAUCGAUGGAUUGAUUUAGAAUAAGAUACCAUUUAAAAGAAAUAUAAUUUUUUUUUUUCAAAGAUUUUAGAGAAAGUAGGUACAAAAAACAUUUAGAUGAAUACACUGUCAAACAAAGUAGAAAAUUGUUAAGAAAAAGAAUACAGUGUUAUCAUAUCUUUUUCAU